AUGAUAGAACGCCAACUCCUCCACCUUCUCCCUUUCAUCCUCCUCUUCUGUAUCAAUAUCGAUGAAGUUUUUAUGACAAAAACUUUCUUAUCACCUAACAGAACAUUAAGUUGGCACGACCCAAAGAAUCCGAAUAAAGCGCCGGACCGUGCUUAUCCAGAACAAGUCCAUCUGGCUAUGGAUGGACCGUCUAGGUAUAUAGUAACAUGGAGCACUUUCUCUGAUCCCGGCAGUAGUUACUUGACCUACGGGCAUGGCAAGGACUUUAACACGGUUAGGGUGGAGGCUGAUACCACUUGGUUCUUUUUUUUGUUUCCACAGUGGCUUUAUGUUCAUAAAGUGGUUAUUGAUGGUAUUGAGCCUGGGAAGUAUUACUGUAAGUUUUUUUGUGAAGACGGGGGUUUGAGUAGGGACAUAGGGACAGGUAUAUGAAUAAAUAGAGGUAGGGGCAUAAGAAGGGGUAGGGGUAGUAGUAGGGGCAUAAUAAGGGGCAGGGGUACUGGUAGGGGCACAAGAAGGGGUAGGGGUACAUCUAAGGGCAUACGAAGAGGUAGGGGCAGGCUAGGGUAAGGUAGAGUAAAUAGGGUAAGGUAGGAUAUGGUAGGAUAGGGUAGAGUAGGGUAGGGUAGGGUAGGGUAGAGUAAAGUAGGGUAGGGUAGUGUAAGGUAGGGUAAGGUAGGAUAUGGUAGGAUAGGGUAGGGUAGGGUAGGGUAGGGUAGGGUAGGGUAGGGUAGGGUAGGGUAGGGUAGGGUAGAGUAGGGUAGGGUAGGGUAGGGUAGGGUAAAGUAGGGUAGGGUAGUGUAAGGUAGGUUAAGGUAGGAUAUGGUAGGAUAGGGUAGGGUAGAGUAGGGUAGGGUAGGGUAGAGUAAAGUAGGGUGGGGUAGUGUAAGGUAGGGUAAGGUAGGAUAUGGUAGGAUAGGGUAGGGUAGGGUAGUAUAGGGUAGGGUAGGGUAAGGAAAAAAAUAUUUUUUUGUCAUUUCAGCCUACCGUGUAGGAUCAGACUAUGCCUACAGUAGUGUCUUCCAGUUUAAAGGGAUCGAGGAACGGCCCAACGGCGGCCAUAAAGUCGCUGUUUUUGGUGAUUUUGGCUAUGAAAACUCACGAUCAUUGGCUCCAUUAACUGAUAUGACUCACAAUGAAGAGAUUGACUUUGUCAUGCAUGUUGGAGACAUGGCUUAUGAUCUGCCAUUUGUGGGUUUUAGUUUUUUUGUCAUGUCAUACCUUGCUUACCCCGGCGCAUACCUUUUAAUUUUUUCAAAAAAAUUUUACCCCACCCAAAAAAAUUUUACCCCGCCCAAAAAGUUUCCCUUACCCAAAAACGUUUACACUGCCCAAAAAAAUUUACCCCGCCAAAAAAAUUUACCCCGCCUAAAAAACUUAACCAUGUUCAAAAAAAUUUACCUCUUCAAAAAAAUUGUAUCUUGCCUAAAAAAUUUACUUCACUCAAAAAAUUACCACGCCCAACAUUUUUUUGGUUUUUAACUUUUCCCUAUAACUCAGCCAUAACUUAAAAACAUAAAAUUCUCUUUACUUUUAGACCGGCAAUCAAUUUAUGCGAAUGAUAGAGCCAAUCGCCUCCAAAGUGCCAUAUAUGGUAUCACCUGGGAACCAUGAGAUGGAGCUGCUACCCUACCACAACUACGUUUACAGAUUUAAUAUGCCCAACUCGCAUGACAAUUACUACUACAGUUAUGACGUUGGUAAGAUGCAUGUCAUCAGUUUUUCCACUGAGUUUUACUAUGACCCAUUCAAUGGUAAAUGGAGGGGAUUGAGACAACGACAGUAUGAGUGGCUCGAACAGGAUCUUAUUGUAGGUUGAUCUUACCGUACCCCACAUUACCGUACUUUGCCAUACUCUACCCAUACCCAGGGCCGGGCGGGGACUUUUGGUCUGGGGGCAGGGGUCCAAAAAAUCCACAGGGGGGACCACGUUCAACUUUUUUCAAAAAAUUUUUUCUGGGGGGUACCCCCCCCCCGUCCCACCCCCUCUCGUCCGGCCCAUACCCAUACCCAUACCCAUACCCAUAACCAUACCCAUACCCAUACCCAUACCCAUACCCAUACCCAUGCCCAUACUCCCCAUACCCAUACCCAUACUCAUACCCAUACCCACACCCAUACCCCAUUCUACCGUACCAUUUCAGAAAGCUAACAAAAACCGUGCCAAAACCCCAUGGAUCAUAACCCUCGGUCAUCGUCCAAUGUACUGUAGCACAGACGAUCGUGACGACUGUCGGAACGAUGAAGCAGCCACAAGAGUCGGUGUGAAUGGCAUGUACGCUUUAGAACCUCUAUUCUACAAAUAUGGGGUGGAUUUCGAGGUAUGGGCUCACGAACAUACAUACGAAAGGCUGUGGCCAGUAUACGACAGACGAGUUUAUAAUGGUACUACUGAGCCAUAUGUGGAUCCACCUGCUCCAGUUCAUAUCAUUAGUGGAUCAGCUGGAUGCAAGGAGAAUACUGACACUUUUAUCAAUGACCCGCCCGUUUGGAGUGCUUUCAGAUCGACCAAUUAUGGGUUCAGCUUGAUGCAGGUUCAUAACGACACUCAUCUACAUUGGCAGCAGAUCAGAGCGCAUGAUGUGAGUUUUGUUGAUUAUUUUGGGUUGUUAUAUGUAUUGGUAGCUUUGGUUCUAGCCUUGACCCUAGCUUUGGUUUUAGGCUUGGCUCUAGCCUUGGCCCUAGCCUUGGCUCUAGCCUUGGUCCUAGCCUUGGCCCUAGCCUUGGCUCUAGCCUUGGCUCUAGCCUUGGCUCUAGCCUUGGCUCUAGCCUUGGCUCUAGCCUUGGCUCUAGCCUUGGCUCUAGCCUUGGCUCUAGCCUUGGCUCUAGCCUUGGCUCUAGCCUUGGCUCUAGCCUUGGCUCUAGCCUUGGCUCUAGCCUUGGCUCUAGCCUUGGCUCUAGCCUUGGCUCUAGCCUUGGCUCUAGCCUUGGCUCUAGCCUUGGCUCUAGCCUUGGCUCUAGCCUUGGCUCUAGCCUUGGCUCUAGCCUUGGCUCUAGCCUUGGCUCUAGCCUUGGCUCUAUCCUUGGCUCUAGCCUUGGCUCUAUCCUUGGCCCUAGCCUUGGCUCUAGCCUUAGCCCUAGACCUAGCUUGUGACGCUCUUGAGGAUAUGAUAAAGCCAAACCAAGCCCUAUAAACAUAAUAUCUUACCAUUUCAGCGAGGAAUAGAAGACGAUGUCUGGAUAAUCAAGCACAAGCAUGCGCCAUACACCAAAGAAGAUAAGAAGAAAUUAAAAAAACAUAGUGUAAAGGUACCAUAUAAGAAGGCCAAGUCUUGGUUAGACAAAGAAGAAGAGAUCAACCUUAAUCGAACACCAAAAGACCUUUGA